ACUUCCUGUACUUGCCUUUCAUUUUCUAUUGGGAUCCCGAUGAGUGAACACGAGCUUGCUCCUGACAAAGUAAGAAUUUUUUUUAUAUCGAAAGAGAAACUUGUUGAGAAAUUCGUUUUGAAGUAUAGAUUAGCUGCUAUAAUUCUGCGAUUAAAUUAGUCGUGUCGUGGUAUAUUAUCGUGGAGAAAAUGAGCGAGCCAAUAGAAAACGGUAUAUUAAACGUGAGACACGUGGCCAAGCGCCUCACAGCAGAGGAAAUCGAUAAAAUGAAGGCGCAAGACUCCCGCCUAGUGUCCGAAUUUCGUGCGAAUCAACUAGAGAAGGACGCAAAAAAGCACUGGGAUUUGUUUUAUAAGCGGAACGAUACUCGAUUUUUCAAAGAUAGACACUGGACCACGCGGGAGUUCCAAGAAUUGCUCAGUUUUGGCGGCGUGGAGAGCCAAAAUGUCCUCCUCGAAGUCGGCUGCGGCGUUGGGAAUUUUAUUUAUCCCUUGAUAGAAGAUGGACUGAAAUAUUCGAAAAUAUUCGCAUGCGACUUAUCUACACGAGCGAUAGAGUUACUCAAGAGUCACACGUUGUUCAAUCCCGCGACAAUGAGAGCCUUUCACGCUGAUAUUACAUUAAAGAACUGUUUCUCCGAAAUUGACUGUUCAGUUGAUAUUGCCACUCUCAUUUUUGUAUUAUCAGCCAUUCAUCCCGAUAAAUUUCGCAAAGUUGCUGAAAAUAUAUAUAAUGUCCUUGGUAAUGGAGGAAUAUUGCUAUUUCGAGACUAUGGAUUAUAUGAUAUGGCUCAAUUACGUUUUAAACCAGGACACAAAAUCAGUGAGAAUCUCUAUAUGCGACAAGAUGGAACUAGAAGUUAUUAUUUCUCAGUGGAGGAGGUAACAAAUCUAUUCGAGUCUGUUGGUUUUCAAACACUGAAUUGUGAUUACAUACAGAGACGUACUGUGAAUUUAAAGGAGAACAUUGAUGUUCCGAGAAUUUUUGUGCAAGCAAAAUUCAAGAAGUCUUGAAAAUAUGAUAUUGCGGAGUGCAUAAAAAUACAAAUUUAAUAAUGGAGCAUGAUAUCGUAUCAGAUGUGUAUCAGAUUACUCCUUUCUCUAUUGAAGAGUACUAAAAUGUAAAUUAAAAGAGAAAUAAGACCAAUAAGAGCCUUAUUAAAUGCUAGAUGUUCGUGCAAAUGAAAAUGGAGAGGAUAAUAAUGUUUGCAGUGUUAGAAAAGUUGGAAAUAAAUCUAUAAAGAGCACGGUUCCAAACUAGAAGCUAAACCUAGUAUGUAGCGUAACGUAUUUUAUGGCAUCUAAUAACUUAAUUCCUAAUAAUAAUAGAAAAACAGGAUGGUGCUCAUAAAAGAUUAGUCUAUGGCAUGCAGAAUUCAUUGUGUGUCAACAUAAUUUAUUUAUCAACCAUAUUUAUUACAAAUACGUAUCAAUGAAGUGCAGCAGGAGUAAAAG